UUUCCCUCACUAACAAGCAACCCAAAAUUCUCUCUUUCCUUUUUCUUCUUUCUUGCCAUUCUUCAUUUAAUCAUUUAUCACAAAUAAAACAUUCAACUCUUCUUGACAUCUAUCCAAUUGUUAAUCAGUAGCAAACCAAUAACCAACAGUAUUUUGCUCCAUCGAGAUGGGACAAUCUCUCAAUAAAUUUGGAGGUGAUGAGAAAAAGAUAAGUGAAAUUGGUCCGGUCAUAGAAGAAUGUUACGAUAAAUUUUUUGUCAACACCAGCGAUUGGGGAAUGGAUGACUUCUACCAAGCUGUUUGCUUGACUGUCGAAGAAAUAAACAAAAAGAUCGGUAGCACACAGUUAAGGGUGCCACAGAAAACAACACUUCAGCAAGCAUAUCAAGGAGCGAUAUGGAUUGGUAUGUUGCAUAUGUACAUUGAGAAACAUCACCAAGGCAAGGGCAAAGCUUUAACAAAAGAAGAAUUCCAGAAGAUCCUCCAAGAAGUGAUUCUUGAUACAGGAGUUACUGGUGUUGGAGCAAAGGACACAUUAUUCUACAUGUUUGCGGUCCCAGUCACUGCAUUGUUCUUCAAGCAACGUAUAAUCCCAAAAGCAAUACCCAAUGAGAUAUUCAUCCCGGGGAUCACUUCUGCAACUGUCUUUCUUCUUGCUAAACUCAACAAGAUAUGAAGCAUUCAUGUUUUGUUAUGUUAGUAAUCUGUUCAUCUUUUAAAAAUGUUAAUGUACUUAAUUUGCCAUCUAUAUAACUUAAUAAUAGAAAACCUAGAGAGAGGAAACUGAGAUAGUUUUCUACUUGGCACGUAGGACUAGGAAUUUUCUUCAUUUUUUAUUUAUU